AUGCAUAGGGCUUAUGACCCGGGACAAACGAUACGCGAAAAGAGUUUGAGCUCUGGAAAACUUAACUCUGAACGCUUUUCUCAUGACGCCAAGAGGUUUGUAGACUUGUUCCCAUAGGUUUUCAUUUCUUCUUUUCUUAAAAAUCCAUCAUUUCCCCAGAUUUUAUCGCUUUCUAUCGUAAUCCUUGUUUUCCAGGGAGAUGGAGAAUGGAGUCUCCCGUUCUUCUCUCGUUCACGGUACUCAGGCGAACCCAAACUCUGACACCUGGUACGAUACCGACGCAUUUCUACUGGUAAGUUCUUCUUCCCCACUCCUCUUCUUCUCAAAACGUCUAUCAACCGUUUGCAUCAUCUUGAGAGACUCUAUUCCUCGCUUUUUCGUUUAUUUUUUCUUUCAAGGCGAGAAUCGCCCUUAAGAUAUCAAAUUCGUAUCGAGUGCCGAUUCUCGAAUGUCUCUCGUCCCACUUUGCACUAUUUCGUCACUCACUCGCUCACACUGUAUAUCCAAGCCUCUUCUCGUGCGCGAGAUUUCACAUCAUGGGCGAAGUUUGAUCAAGUGGCCAGCAGGAGCACCACUACCCCUGCAGCAGCGGGAAAAGAGUUGAAUCGGAAAAACAGUUGGGAGUUUUAUUUUGAGGACAGUAGCCUUUUGAUCAAAAGCAUCCAUCCGCAUCAUCAAAAUAUUUGCUGUUUGUGUUUACGGAAUGGAAAAACCAACCGACAUGUCAUUUCGGCCGGAACGUCAGAAAACAGAGGCCUGAAGAAAACAAUGGCGGUGACGUUUUUGUGCUAAUUGGUGUCAUUUGAGAUGUUUCGGGCGAGUCGGCGGCUUGGGAUUACGUCAUAUUGAUCUGUUGAUCUGAUGUUUCAUGGAAGUUGAUUCAUGGACCUUGAUUUCGAAACACAGAGUGCACUAGUUAGGAAUAUAAUGAUAAAUCUACAUAAAAUCGGACGCUUCCCAGUGUCCCUUAUAUAUUUGAACUGAACUUCUGGAAAUGUCGAACUGAUUUGCUAGAAUUGAGAGAGUUUCCAUGAUUGAUAGAGUCUGGUUCUAAUUAGUGAGACUAGUGUCGAAUUCUGUUCCGAUGCUUUUGAUUACAUUCCGAUAUUAAACACGCAUUUCCUCUGCGCAUGCCGUCCCCAAAAAACGUUCUUCAAACUUUGGUGUCGUUCGUUCUCCGUCCCGCUUCCUAUAAAUUUGCCCGCCGAAUCAGUUCGGAUCGUCGUAGUUUCUCAUCCGAUUAUCGGCUCAUUUAACAUGCUACUCGCCGUUGACCACACACGACGAUGCCCAGGACGGCGAGCAUAUUCUGUUUCUUGUUUGCUCAAUCGUUCCAAACCAGCUUUCACGCAAAAAUGAUGGGGAGGGAGGAAGAGUCAAAGAAAAGCUUGGAGCAAGUGAAAAAAACGGUUUUCGCGGCUCCCGUCAAGUGCCGCGUGUGUGCUCAGGCUUUCGGUCACGCGGCUCGCAAGCAAAGCGAUCUAAUGGACACCUUUUGACGUUGAAACAGAAGAGUUGAUGAUUGGUCACUAAAGGUGUAGUAUAGCCCUUUUCACUUUUGAAUAAAGAUGAGCAUGAGGAAAGAUAUUGACACUUGUUUUUGCGCGAAAGCCUUCCUCGUCCUUUGUUUCGCUGAAUGUUUGCACACAAUGCCACCGUGAUCACAAUAUUCCGCCUGUACAUGACAUAAUUUCUUUGCGGGGUGAUUUCGAAAUCACCCAUUGCAAUCUUUUGAAUGAUCAACGUCAAAUUGCAUAGUCUUAUUGGUCUACCAAUGAACUCUCGUGAAAAAGAAAAAGUAGCACUUCCGACAGGAGGAAAAGGAAUGUGAAGCAUCUUGAGAACGGACACUCAGACACUCGAGUGUCAUCUCAUACCCCCUCUUCUUAACCUGCCCUUUUACGAAUCAAAAAUCUUUAGGACCAAGUAAAGGAAGUGCUCAACAAGCUGAGCGAAGGAUCAAUUGACGAUGAGAUUUGGGGGAAGAUUGUUAUUAUGGAACGGUGUAAACGUGUGGCGAAAGCGUACUUGAGGAAAACCACUGUUAUCAUCGAUGGUUCCGAGGAUGAAUUUGAUGGAAAGACACUGGGGUUUAAUCACUUUGAAAACCCUACGAGAGAUGAUCAUACCAAAGAGAUCCGAGCAAAAAUCGCUGACGUGAGCAAAACACAAAUGAUUUUUCUUAGUUUUUCACAUAUUUCAGGGUGUGAUUCUGAAAAUGGAUUACCAAGGAAACAUCAAAGGGAUGUCUCGUGGAGCAACACCAAUUAUCUGUCAAGGUUGGAAAGAACCACGCAACAACUGCAUAUCGGAUCGAUUGGUUCGUCUGCACGGAAAACUAAAUCAUGGUGCAUCGGAGGAUGAGAAAGCCUACAAGGUGUUCGACAUGCGGAAGUUUAAGCAUGCUCUGGAGAGAGAACUUCAUGAUGGUACCCCGGAUGCUCGGACGUUGCUUUUAAAGACAUGUAUGAGAAUUGCAUUGGUGAAGGUAUGUGAUUUACUCUUUCAAAUUGACACAACUUUGUCCCAGGACGGUGCUGACAUGAAUCGGACGCCCUGCUGGUUUGCUGUCGUGAACUUGGUCGCCUUGGACAUGAUAAAAGAGAAGAUUCCACAAAUCAAAUCUCUCCGUAAGUAAUCUCAUUUCUCAUUCGCUUCUAAUUAUUGAGAAUUAUAGUGAAUGGUAACGCGUUGCCAAUUGUCAAUUCACCGCCGCCAUGCGCUGCGCCGGAUGCGGCUGGCAUUGACGCUCAAACAUUGACACAAAUCAUUGCUGCCGCGGUAACACAGGCCAACAAGGGGUACCCGAAACCUCCGACUUUGAAAACUUUGACCAAUGUGCUCUGUUUCCAGUGCGCCGACCCCGACCAACAACAAUAAUAGUCAGAAUUUGACAAUUUCGCCCGAGCAGUUAGCUCAAAUUGCGUCUACAAUCAGUAUUGCCCAAACAAACACUUUGAGAACGGCCGAUUUGGUGAAAAAGGAACGUCAGAAGUAAGAUGAAGAAGAAAGAUUUGAUUCUGAAGUCUGAUUUUCAGAAAACCUUACCACUGUUCGACGUCGUCAUUAGAUUCAUCUGGCGAAGAUUCUUCUGGUCGUCGCUCCGAAGCUUCUACUGCCGUGAAGUCGCGUGCAAAACGAUGGGAGCAGGUUCAAAAAACCAAUGAGAGAGAAAAAUACACGGAAACUCCAGACAUCAAAAUCUUGGACGUGAGUUUCAUUUCUAAUGCUAAUUUUAUGUGAACUUCAACUGUUUCAGAAGUCUCGAGGAGCUCGUGCUCACCGUCCUUUGCUCCAAGACGUGAUUUUCACAAGAAGUCACUCUAUCACAAGUGAUUAUGAUAGCAACAAGGAACACUUUGACUCGGGAAGCUGGAGUUCUACUCAAUCCAGAUAUAAAGUUUGAAAAUUUUCUAGAUAUCUGAAAAAAAGAAUGUACAGGGUGGCCGAUCGACGUCAUCCUCUGUAGUUUCUGACCACGAACUAGCAGCUCUGGCUCGAGACGAACUCAAGGAAACAAGUGAGAUCAGAGAAGCGAACGCCGUGAGCGAAGGUGAGAAAACACAUUUUCCAAUAAUAUCCUCGUUCAUUUUGCACACCAUCGUGUUCCAUUUCAUCACAUAUUCCCGCACUCCACCCACACGAACUGCUCCAAUUCAGACGACGAGCCACCAACUAACCCACCAUCGCCUGCUCCAUCGUCAAAAGGGCCAACACUGCCACGCAAAGACUAUAACCCGUCACCAACACCAACUCCCGAGCACGUUGUAGUCAGCACCCAAGUCCGCAGUUUCACCGCCUCCACCGCCGAGCAAUACCAGCCGAAACUGGAGGGCGCGGCGGUGUGGAGUCCGCAGAAGCCCGAGCUCGCGUCACCGCUUCCAUCGCCUCCGCCACCACUCCCCAAAACACCGCAACCCAACAAUGGUAUGCUUUUCAUUUUGUUCUGUUCUGCAUUCUUCAACCUGCUAGUAACUGAAAUCUCAUAAGUUUUUAUUCUUCGAUAAGUUCCACAAUCGCACCCCUAUAGGCACGAAUAUGUUCCGGAAUCUGAAACUCAAAUGGUUCCCAUCAUACAUGGGUAAGUGUUCAUCGGGCCUGAAUCGAUUCUCCUCAAACACUCACAAAGAAACUGCCCGUAUUUAUUGAUUGAUUUACAGGAAAAAUUUUGGUUGCCAAAUGGAAAACUUGGAGUCUGUGAAUUCUUGAAUUAUAUAUUGCUCGGCAUUUUUAUGAAUCCAUACCGUUCUAGUUGUAGUAAAGCUUGUAGACAAUAUGUGGACAUACAAUAUCAAAAAUAUAAAUUCCAACGCUUUAAUCCCCCGCUUUCGCCUCAUCACACUUCAAUUUCAGGUCUCCCCGUUGCUUCGCUGCCAUAUAAUCAGAAUAACAACGCGUAAGUCAAAUAACUCCUGGAUUUGCAUUUUGAUUUUCAUUGCUAGUAGGGCUCCUGUCAAGCUUUCAUUUAUGUAUUCGUUUCAUUCAUUUUUAUUUCUCUCUGCUUCAGCUUCAAAUCCAACCCCGCGUUUUAUGAGCGCCAUCACGAAAUGGUAACUGUCAUGGUUGUGUGGCUACAGUUUUCUCAGUUUUCUUGUGUUGCUUUGUGCCUCUCACCAUUCAACCCCAAGCCGAACCGCUAAUUCCCUUUGUGAAAGACUUUGAAGUGUCUGUCUCCUUGAAUUCGUCUUAUUUCCACUUUUGUGUUUCUUUUUGAAUGGUUUUGUUGAUGUGGCACUUGAUAACUCGAAAAUCUGUCGGGAAAAUCGAAUUUUUUUUCUGGAUAAGAUUUGAGGGUUAUCAACGGUCUAACUACGGGUUGUGCAGGGGACGGUGUUUCAGAGCCAGCUUCACCCGCGCCGCAGCGAGGAGAUGGAAGUUUACUUCGGCCGAUCCCCGGUCCAGUCCGAUCCUCCACGCAACCGAUCGAGCCCGUUCGUCAGCGAGCUCCGUCAAGUGAGGCAUCAGUUCACUUUCAGACUACAGUACACCAUUUGCAGGUCCUCGAGCAACGAACGAGCGGUUUGCGGAUUGCGCGCAACCACUCUCAACCAGCCGCAGCUCAUCCCAGCUUGCGACCAUUCGCCAACGCUCGCCAACUCCAUCACGCCGCUACCCAACCGUACAACAGCGCCAGCAGCAACUGCAGCAGCGGGCGCAACACUCCGGAAAGAGCCCAUUCACAACUCGUCGCAUCUUCCUCACACCAAGUGCUCCGAGGACUCCGCAGAACUCCCAAUCAACAGUAUCAGGAGCAGCAACAGUCACAACAGUCAACACAACGACUCCCUCCAUACAACUACGGCCAAUCUACUCUGGUGAGCCGAAAAAAGUUACCUACUAUUCAAUUUAUCCCAUUUUUAGUGUCGAGAGCAAGCUCCAGCAGUUCGAGUCAACCGCACGGGAUCGCUUCCAUGGGGUCAAUGGCAACAUGUGAGGCGAACUCACAUGUGAUCAAACUUCAGCUGACCUAAUCAAUCAAUUUCAUUGAAAAUUUCACUCAAAAAACCUAUACAGUGAGUAGAAGCACUCAAUUCGUCAUAAUAUAGUGUACGCUCGCACUAGGUUUGUUCUCUCUCAUCAAACCUUUCAUCCACCAAUAUAUCGGUUGUAUGUAAAUAAUGGGACACUUUUCUUCGUAGUGUAUUUUAUUUAAUUGUAUCAUAACUCUAACUCUAACUCUAAUAAUAAUUAUAAUGCUAUGAAAAUGAUGAAAUUCCAUCGUUUGCUCAAUUUAGUUUCCAUCCCUACCACUGUAUUACUUAACAAUCCCUCCGUAAUUGUUUCUAUUCGCGUACAAGUCUUAUGUGUACUUCUUUACUUUUGCUCUUCACUUUUUGUAAUCACUUUGUGAUCCGGUAGUAAUUCUAUAGCUUGAUGAUCAUUUCAUUUUCUUCUAUGGAAAUAAACGCGUGCUCACUUUCAUUCAGAGUUAGUUUUUUGUUUGAAUUUAGACAGUGUGUGUUGCAUUCCGGGUAUUUCCAGGCUUCUAAUUGCAAAAUUUCCGAAAACAAAAAUGGCAAUACCUAACCCGCCAUGGUGUCCGGCAAUGGUCCUUCGUGACAGUCAGAUGGCCCUCAGGGACCAGACGAUUUUUUUCGGGAUGAGUGACGAUAAACGACGUUUUUCCUCUAUCAAGGAGGACACUCAAUUUUUUUCGGAAUCUGGCCGAAUCUUUCCCAGAUUUUCAGAUUUUCAAAAUUUUACCGUUUUUAUAACGGAAGUUUGUCAAUGCAAUCUCCCCCAUAUCUUAAUGGGACCGUUAUCGUGCCCGAUUUCAAUUGAUUCGCGUGCGCGUUGCAAGUGCGCUCCAAUGAGAAACGUCCUUGCCGCGACACUUCUGUGUACGUGUGUUUCUCUCUCUCCUUCUCUCUCUCUCUCUCUCAUUGUGAAUUUUUACAGUUUUUCUUCAUUUUUCAGAUGUCCACUACCAAUUAUCGACAUCAAAAGCAAGAUGUUAUCAGAACACCGUGAGUAGUACCUUUUUUAGUAGUUUUUCUGCCGAAUAAUCGAUUUUUAGAAGCCACGUCUACGUCGAAACAAAACAUUGGGUCGAAGGGAAAUGGAGUGUCAAUCGCGCGCCCUACCCUCAUGAUUACACAUUGAGAACGGUCCUCGAAUAUCUCAGCUCGCAAAAUAACGACGCCGAAUUACCGGAUUUGAUGUUCCUUUCGGUGAACCUAGAUGAGCGGGAGGAGAGAACCCUUCUCGAACUCGCCACCGACGGACAAGUGGUCGUGGAGCUGCUGUAUCUUCCGGAAACGUGCUUGGAGGAGAGAGAGUGGAUCGGAAGCUUGGAUAAUCGAGAGAAAAUUUUGGGAAUUAAGAAGAAUAUUCUCGAGAUGAAUAACAGAACGGAAAAGACAAUUGUAUCGUAUGUGCCGGACAGAAAAGAGUUUUUGGAAAUGUGUUAUGUAAGUCUUCGAUUAUUGUAUUUUUCGUAAAACAUUCACUACUUCCAGUUCUGGCCAACCUUCCCGUUCAAUGCCAAACAGAACCACUGGGCCAAUCGCCUCGGCGUCGACAAAAAAGAGCUCCAGGAGAUGAGCUCCUUUCGAGUUGGUCAUCUUGUAAUCGAUAUGGACCGGAAGACGAAGAAGAUGACUCGAGUGCGUUAAUUUUUGAAUUGUUUCAUCAUGAACAUGAUUCGUUUUCAGGCGGGAUCCAUGUGGAAAGAGCUUGUGGAGUUUGCUAAGGAACAGGAAGAGGAUGAGAAACAGACGAGGGCGUUUCUGUUGCAGAACUGGAAACAGAAAAUCGGAGAGAAUGAUACACAGUAUGUUGUGAAUGCACCCGAGGAAGUGGCGGAUGCCAAAGUCCGCUGGGCCAAUCCGCCGAAAGACCCCUUGAAUAGGUUCUACGUGACGGUAUGCGCUAAAGCCAUCAACGAGUACAGAAUGCUCGCCGUCCACCUCAAUACGUCCCCCAACAGUUUUCUCGAAGCAUACUUCAUGGCGGAACCUUUCCCAACGACUGGAACAAAAAUCACUUUCCGUCAGUACUGUCUGUUCGUAUCCCGAUGGGCUUGCGAGAAAGCUGGAGGAGUCCUUGACGUGAUUAGUCCGGAGAAUCAGCAGAAGUUGUUCGAGAUGAACUUUCAAAUGGAUACCGCCGAACGAGAGGAAUUGGACACUUUCUACGAACUCAUUGGAAUGCCUCGAUUCCGGGCUAAGCCUUCGAAGCAAUGA